ACAUGUUCUACUGUACAAAAAAAAGUGUGGAGUAAUCCCCCAGGUUACAUAUGGUCCUGAACGUCGCACUGGUUGCUGUCAGUCGGUGUGAGAUUUGGUACAGCUGUCACACUGCUGAUAGGGCUUCAAGCUAGCGGCUUGAAUCUCCUUUACAAGAGCAGCAGUACAUAGAGUUCCCUGGUUGUAGGCAGGAUGGCCAGAGGGCAUCAGAAGCUUCAGUCCCAGCAGAAGAAUGCAAAGAAGCAGGCGGAGAUGAAGAAGGCCAAGGGACAUGACCAGAAGACAGCAGCCAAGGCAGCUCUGGUGUUCACCUGCCUGGUCUGCAAGUCCCAGAUGCCCGACCCCAAGACCUUCAAGCAGCACUUUGAGAGCAAGCACCCCAAGUGUCCGAUGCCCCCUGAGCUCGAGGAUGUGGAGGCAUAGAGCGCUGCAGUCACUGGACCCAAACACACACACACACACGCGCACACGCACACGCACACGCUCAUACGCAUACGCACACACUCACACUAGCACACAUUCUCUCAAUGAAAGCUGAACUACUCAAGGCCCUUCACAAACUUUGCACUUGUCUGAAUUUGAUAGGACUGGAUUGAUUACCGUUGUUAUUAGAAUCAUGAGUUUGAUUACAGGUCUGCAAGCUGGUUUCAUGUUUUUGUUCUUUUUCAAUGUUUCUCUGAAUGCGAGUCACAUGGUUCAGGUCACUGAACGCCAUGGAACAUCCCGGCAACAAGUGAUAAACAAAAACAAAUGAUUCCGUACUACUACUCCUAAUGCAGGUUCUGAAUGUCAUUCACAGUUUCACUCGCUUUCGCUGCCUUGAAAUAACACUGUCUGUUGUUCUUCUGGGACAAACUCAAAUGGUAAUAAUAGAAAUAAUGAUAAAUAAUAGCGAUUUUAACUAAAUACUCAUUAAACACAAGUUACUGAUGUAAUUAUUACUUAAUUUAGCCCUGAUAAUAGCACCCUAUUAACCUCAUGCUAAUCCCUAUGCCGAGCUUUCCAUUAUCUAUAAAAUGAAAAGAGAAUGCAUAAUGACGACAUUUCUUCCAUCGCAUUUUCAGCGCUUUGUCGCAAAACAGCAAUUGUUAUAUAUUAUUCCAUCAAGUGUACAUCAACAUGGAUAUGGUGCUGCUUUUUAUUUCUUCCUUGACAACUGUAGACAUUGAAUUGUUAUUAAAUUGUUGAUUGGUGUCUGCUGUGUAAUGUUAGUUAUUCUUUAGGAUUCUGUGAUUUUAAUUUCAGUUGGUGUUGUUUUAUUUACCUUUCUCUCCUUUAAAUAUUUUAUCGUGUCUUUCCAACCUUUCUUCCAGUUUCAACAUAAUACUGCUGAGGUCCAAUGUGCUUGUGCUUGAAACACGGAAGCACCAAAUGCCCAGAAUGAUGUAAUAUAACAUUUUAAUAAAAAAUUACUUUGUUUA